AUCCUGCCGGUUUAGCAAUUCAUUAUUCAUGGUUAAACGGAAAGCCGCAGUUUCAGCGGAUGCUUUGGAAGACGACUAUCUUGUGGAAGAUAUUAUAGAGGAAGGAGACACUCAAGGAAUUGCAGUCGAGGAAGAUUUUGAAGAGAAUGCACCAGCCGAUCAAGGAUCAGCGUCCAUAAAGCGGAAAGUGGUCGAGGAUAUGGCGGAGGAACCAACAAAGAAAAAGAAGAAGAGAAAGCCAAAGAAGAACAAUGACCCAUUCCAAGGUGUUGACGUGUCCUCGAAACCAGUCGCGGAACAAUACGAAUACAUAUUAGAUCGACAGAAACGAGCGAAGAGUACGUGGUCAGCCAUAGAGCAUGACGAACAAGCACCUGCGAUCAGUGCGUUCCUCGAUAGCCAAAAGUUUACGUCGCCACAUACCAUAGAAUUCCUUCCAUCCUUUGUUAAAUUUGGUGCUGCUGGACACAAGAAGUUGUUAAAGGAACCACCAGUAGAAGCCAUGGCUGCACCAGCUAUUAUCAUUAUUACCCACUCCGCCAUUCGAGCCACUGACUUGGUGCGUGGACUGAAAGAAUUUGACAAGGCAGCAAAAAUUGCUAAAUUAUUCGCAAAACAUCUCAAAGUAGAAGAUCAAGCUCGUUUCUUGGCUGAAUCGCGGCUACACUUUGCAGUGGGCACGCCACACCGUGUGAAGGAAUUGAUCGAAUUGGGUCACUUGAAGCUUGAUCGAUUAGAACUACUGGUAGUGGACACCGAGAAAAAUGCAAAGCGAUUGGAUAUUUUUGAGAACGAUGCUGUCAAUGGACCUUUGUUUGAUUUGUUCGGCACCCACAUCACUCCUAGAAUGAAGGAAGGCAAGACCAAAUUGGGAAUCUUCUAAUCGUAUAAAUGGUUUAUAAGCUUUGAAAUAAGAACGAAUGAAAAAGUAAAAAUAAUAAUCAUUAUCGGCAUCUUCAUGAAAUACAAAGUGUGUAC